AUGAACGAAGGCGGGGGGUCAAUCCCCUCAACUGAGGAUGAGGAGGAUAGCGUCUAUGAGGAUGAGGAGCAUUUAGAGGAUUCGGUUGUUGCGGGUCCUUCUAAUGAAUUUCAUUCUCCAAUGGAUGUUAAUUCUGAGUCAUCCUCAGUUGAAAGUAAAGCUACCCGACUCCGAGUCUACACUGAGAGCUCUACUUUCACUGGUCCUUGGGUGGUUUUUAUCCGGCCCAAAAAAAAUGGAAAGCAAUUGAAUGUGGUUCAGAUCACAAGAGAUCUGGCGAGAUGGUCCUCCGUAACCUGCAUUAAAAAGGUGCGACCUAACAAAUUGCGAGUCGAAGUAGCUAACCGGAAAUCCGCAAAUGAAAUUGCUGCCAGCAAUUUCAUAAACUUAGAGUACCACGUGUACAUUCCGUCUCGAGACGUAGAGAUCGAGGGCGUGAUUACUGAAAUGAGUCUGAAGGCAGAGUACGUGAAAUCCAACGGCGUUGAUUUGAUUUGUGACCGGUUGAAAGGGGGGCUAGCAAUGGACAAACAAGCGCUUCACUUAGAACUGCUAGAAAGUGCGAGAUCGUUGGGAUCUGGCGUGUGGUCAAACUGUUCGAAAGAUAGUGUAACUUUGGUUUGGAAAAACGUGAAUAUCGAGACGAAGCCAAAUGGUCGUGGAAAGAAUUUGGAAAUUGUUACCAAUGUUAGUGGUUCGCUGCUUCCGGGUACUUUGGUGGCCCUGAUGGGUCCGAGUGGGGCUGGCAAGAGUACCCUGAUGGCGGCGCUAGCCCACAGGAGUUCCGGAAACACUACCGUGGCGGGUGACAUUUUAGUCAACGGAGUUCCAAUCGAUUCCUUCAUGUACGACAUCAGUGGUUUCAUCUAUCAGGACGAGGUCUUCUGUGGAUCGAUCACGGUCGAGGAGCAUCUACAUUUGAUAGCCAAUUUGAAGUUCGGUCAUCUGUUGAGCCCAUCGGAUAAAACCAUCCUGGUGGACGAUUUGAUACGCAAGAUGAGCCUUCAAAAGUGUCGCCACACCCUCAUAGGGGAUGUUGGGGAAUCGAAAACCAUUUCCGGUGGCGAGAAGAAGCGAUUGGCUUUUGCUGCGGAGUUGCUGUCGCAGCCGAAGAUUUUGUUCUGUGAUGAACCAACGACAGGAUUAGAUUCCUUCAGUGCGGCUCAGCUGGUCCGUACGAUGAAGGAUUUGACGCGAUCGGGUACCUCGAUAAUCUGUACCAUUCAUCAGCCAUCGGAUGAGUUGUUCUACAUGUUUGAUGGAGUUAUAAUGUUGGCCAGUGGACGAGUUGGCUUCAUUGGAGAUCCCAAUGAGGCAGUUAGUUACUUCACAAAUCUGAACUACUCACGAGGUGCAAACAGUGCAACAUCGGACUUUCUGAUCGAGUGUUUAUCCAAUAGAAAGUCCAAUGAAAUUUGUGAUCGAUUUUAUGCGAGUGAAGCUUUCCAGAAGCAGCAGCUCAUUAUUGCUUCCGAAUAUUUCAAAACGGAUCGAAGUCAGAAAAGUAAAAAUAUGCUACGGUGGAAGUAUCCAAAGGCGGCCUGGUUCUACGUAGUUCGGUGUUUGAUAUGGCGGAAUAUUCUUCAAGCGCACAGAAAUUGUCAGCUGCAGUACAUGAAGUUGACUCAGAGGGUGGUAAUCGGACUGCUGGUGGCACUCUGUUUCUCCGACAGCAUCGAGAUGACCCAACCGGGAGCCCAAGCCGUCCAGGGUAUCAUCUUUCUCAUCGUUUCGGAGAACACCUUCCUGCCGAUGUACGCGGUGCUGUCCGUUUUUCCGGACUCAUUUCCGCUGUUCCUGAGGGAGCGGAAGGCCAACCUAUACGGCACCGUCCAGUUCUACGUGUCCCAAAUCGUUGCCAUGCUGCCCUUCGUAUUGUUGGAAUCGCUGGCAUUUAUUGUAAUUGUGUACUAUAUUGGCCAUAUGAGACCGACGCUGUUGGGCAUGUUGGGCACGGCGGCUGCCAGCAUUCUGGUCAUGAACGUUUCCAUGGCUUGCGGGUGCUUUUUUUCCACGGUUUUUCCGUCGGUCCCGAUGGCCAUGUCCUAUUUGGUGCCGUUUGAUUACAUUCUGAUGAUCACCUCCGGGAUUUUCAUAAGGAUAAGAACCAUCCCGUCCUACCUCCGCUGGAUGCCGUACAUUUCCUGGAUGAUGUUUGCCAGCGAAGCCAUUUCCAUUACCCAAUGGGAUGGAAUCGAGCGCAUAGAAUGUUCCGGAAUGCCUAAAAGAGCGUGCCUCCACACCGGGGACGAUGUGCUGCAGCAGUACUCAUUCCAGGGCGAUCACUUGCAGCGGGACUUUGUCGUAUUGAUUUUGCAGUAUUUUAUGUACCACGGACUGGCGGUUUUGUUCCUGAUUAGGAAAACUAUGGUUCAGUGA